GCUACGCACACCCCAAGCACCCCUCCCAGACACCCUCGGUAAUUGCGAGAAACAGUUUAGAGGAACAGGUCAGGGGAAUAAUCAUGAGUAAUUCGCCUGGCUAUCGUCAAAACAGCCAGGACCUUUCACCAGGGCAUCCAAUGCCACUUACGCCUCACCUUCAGGAUCAGCUUUACGAGAGGCAAAAUUACAGCAUUCCAUUUCUACCAGAAAGCCCUGGGUUUGAUUCUCAGCUUUUACCAACCAAUGCUUCAUCUCAAGAAUCUGGUUGACAUCUCCGAUCCCCCCCAAUCGCUCUUCCCGCAACAUCUCAAAUGUUCCACUCACUUCAAUCACUCAACAUCCAAUGUCAUCAAGCACUGGGCUCGCAGUUUGGAGCACCGCUUCCGCGGACGCACUUGUCGCCCCCUUCUGGACCACCUUGUACCCUCGGAGAUAAAUCACAGCAAACAGUCCCGCUAUUACUGCAAAACUAGCCUCCGAACCACUCCUCGAUCUCAACCCCUCAGGAUCAGCGGCAUAUGCGCCCUACUAUGCAACAGUAUCCCGCGCCCCAACGCCCCCACCAACAGCAAUCGGCCUUGGGUGGGCAGCUUAAACCACGAGAAAAUCCGUGGACUGGUGCAAGAAGGCCUCAAUUCCAACACCGCCGUCAGCGCAACGGCCCCGAUCAGCGUUCGGGCCUGCAUGCCCCUCCCCCUCCUGCUCCUCUGCCCCCAGAUAGUCGCAAUCAGUUCCCCCCCUUCCAACGGAGCGCCACAAAAACAUCCUACCCAAACCUCCUCCACCUGAAUCGCCACAGACAAAUACAUAGGGACAAAGUCAACAAAGGACACAGCACUAACUGCUUCCAUUGCCGAGCCAUCCACCCCCUCAGUGGAAACCAGCGUUUCAAAACCCUCUAGUGUCUCCACAUCCGGGAAAAGGCCGCAUGCAUCCCCUCAACUCAGAGCAGAUGAUAUAUGAUCACAAUAGUAAUCUCCAGGCAUUUGAAAGCGAGAUUAUUGCGGCCGCCACACCAACUCCGCCGGAAUCAGCCGGCUAAAACGAGGAUUUGAAAAAAUGUGGAGCAAUCUGCCAAAGGAUCUUCACGGAAGGGGAGUCGAUUCCCGUCGGAAGUCUACCGAGUAAGUGCUACGCAUUUCAUUUUUCUCAACUUUCUCUUGACUGUGUACCUUGUAGCCAGUUUGGUUCAUAUCACAUGAUACAUCUCUAAUUUGAUUGCCUUGCUCUGCGCUAUUCUUUUGGUACAAUAGUUGGAUUCGAAAUUACGAAGUCUGAUCGUGAUGCCGUUCUCGUGUCUCCCAAUCUGGAGAACGUUUUCUGCACCCCCGACAAGAGUGACGAAUCAAAUUGUCCUCCCCAUAAUCUGGCGAAAGAAUUUUAGUCUGUGGGGUUCGAGGUUUGCGCUACUCUUAAAGACCCGUGUACCUAUAAUGAAGAUAACACUGAAGGCUACAGGUGAGAACUGAUUUGACUUGAGUUGCGACAUCGGGUUUAAUAACGACAUGAGAGUGCAUAAUACUAGGACGCCGCAAACACAUAGUUGAUGCGAUCCGACGGUCGAGGAAGUGGUUCCUUUUCCCGUGGUGUUUACGCUUUCACCCUAAUUCUAACCUCUCAAUCCCCUUGGCAGUUCAGAAUUUUGUGAAAUGGACACUAUCACAUGCCAGUGGUGGGCCAAGAGAAGACAUAUCAACAGCCCAUACCGUGGUACCGUUUCUUCUUACCGCUACGUUCUCAUGAUAAUCUAUUUUCUGAUCAAAGUGGUUGACCCCCCUGUUUUCAGAAACCGGCAAAACACCACGAUCCCCGAAGACGCACCGCAUGACCAGAUAUUUGAUGAGGGGGGAGAAGGAGAGCAUCAUGUGUGGUAUGCUAGAGAUAUCGAGAAUCUUCCCGGGACCACGAACCAGGCGCGUGUCGGCCAGCUCCUAGAUAGCUUCUUCGAAUACUAUUCACAUAGGGUCCAAUGGGGAACAGAGGUCAUCUUCAUCCGGACCCAAGGCGGCAUAUUUAGUAAGUACGGUAAGGGUGGGGUUACGGCUGUUACUAGGCUGGGGAGGAGCGGGCAUACGCAGAUAAAAGAUAGACACCCGUUUGCCAUCGCGGACCCUUUCGAAAUCAGCCGCAACGUGGGCAGGAUCUGCAAUGCCACCAGAGUAGACAGAGUUCGAGCAGAGUUCAAAAGAGCCUGGAACAUUAUGAGGGUUUGUGAUGGUGAGAAGUCAAUGAGGGAGCAUGUAUACCAGAAGGAGCCACCGGAGAAACCAUGGGUUGGGUGGGCAGAUGACAAGAGGAUGGAUUGGAAAUCUAACCCAGAUCAAAGUGCUAACAGAGAGACGAACAACGAUACC